CACAGCACAAUAACUUCACACUGAUGAUUCCACCUGACACACAGGUAGGACUGACUGCAGGUCAGUUGUGUUGGUCCAGAUGAAACUGUGUGUAUUUAAUAAAGAUAUUCUCACAUCAGCCCUGUUUGUCGCAGAGAUGAGCAGCUGUGACAGUAAAGACACUGUCACCGUGUUAUUCCACCUGAUGGAGCUGUGCAUUAACAUCACCUCCUCCAUCCCCAGCUGUGGUUAUUGAUUACUGGCAUUAGGCAGUGAUAACACACCUGUCUGCGGGUGAACAGGCCCAGAGGUGCUCACAGCUACAUGAUGACAACACAGCAGACCUAGCAACACGACGCUCACCGCUAACCUCGUUAAAGAUGUGUGAGUGUGCCUGGAGGACUUUCAUCAUCAGCUGGAUCACAUUAGGCAGCGCCGCAGUAGGUCAAACUAGACUCCUCACUCCCACUUUCUAAUGAGGCCACGGCGAUGCUGACAUCCCCUCUGAAUCCAAAGACAUCAUCAUGCUGAAGACGGAGGCCUCGGGGGAGAGGACCAGCCUCCGGAGUGCCUCCCCCCACCGUAAUGCCUACCGGGCUGAGUUUCAGGCGCUAAAGAAGGCCUUUGACCAGCCUCGGAUCGAUGGAGACUCCAAGCCCACCCUUGAGCGGGUGAAACAGCCAAGGGGCCGCCAGUAUGGCAGCCAUGUCAGUCGCAUUAAGGACAUGUUCAUGCAGAUGGGCUCAGAAAAUCCCUCAGCUAAAGCCAGGGGUUGUGAUGAAUCCUCGCCGCAAAAGCUGGUCAAGCCCACCAACUUCAUCAACAAGGCCGACGGAUCGGUGAUAAAACUCCAGCAUUCCUCAUCCGCUGAACGGAUUGGAGGCGCUGGAGCAAAGUUCUCUGAAACCAGGAAGCUGUUUGAGCAGCAGUCACGGGACCAGUCCCAAUCGCCCGUCUUUCCAUCCGGACGUGACAAAAGAGGUUCCCACGAGCACCUCGAUGACUGGCGAGGUGCGAGGUCUAACAGAGGCAGCACAGACUCCUUGGACUCGCUUUGCUCUAGGACAGAGGCGUCCUCGCCAACCGUUAGUCAACUCAGUGCUGUUUUUGAGAACGCCGACCACCAAAACCAAGGCGUGACUUACAGAGGAGUCAGCAGACGGGCCCUCUACUCGCCCGACGGGUUCCAACGCCACGGAGGCGACCUCAGUGAGGAUGAUUCGCGACAAUCUCCAGUACGUGGAAGCUACCGGAGCAAGACAGGGGGAAGGUUUCCCACGUCCUCGUCUUCAGAGGACCUUCUGAGCCCCAGUCCUGGGACAGAGACUUCAGAGCUGAAACCAGGACCACAAGAGGAGAAGAAGGUUGAGACUACGGGUGGAGAUAAACGCCAUCUUCCGGGGGUCACCACCAAUGGAGCCCAGGUCAAUGGUUCUUGUGAAGAAGAGGAGAAACCUUCAGAAACGAGAAAACAUAUUGAGGAUCUGGGGGUGUCCAAAGCUUCAAAACCUACAGAAGACAAAACUUUUGAAGAUACGACCCCUGAGCCAUUGCCGACCCCAACUACACCCGCUGGGGAAAGCCAGGAGGAUGGAUACGGUUCCAGAGAAGACAAGGCCUCUGAAUCUCCCAAGGACCAGGUGGAAGAUCCUGAUGAGGAGUACGCAGGAAACGAGCGGGUGAUUUUUAACGCCGACGGGGACGCCUGUUACCAGGGUUGGGGGGAAAGCUGCACGGAUCCCGAGGACGACCUCUACGGAGACGAUGAGGAUAUUGUCUACGACCCAGGCUCUGACCUGACAGAGAUCCCUGGUCUACCAGAAGAACACAAAGAGGACAUCCCUCCGAAGAGGAAGAUUUGCUUCAGCACUGCUCCCAUCAUAGUGUUCAACACCUACUCCAACGAGGACUACGACCGCCGUAACGAGGAGGUGGAUCCUGUGGCCUCCUCCGCAGAGUACGAGCUGGAGAAGAGGGUGGAGAAACUGGAGCUCUUCCCUGUGGAGUUGGAGAAAGAUGACGACGGCCUCGGGAUCAGCAUCAUCGGGAUGGGCGUCGGUGCCGACGCAGGCCUGGAGAAGCUGGGCAUCUUCGUCAAGACCGUCAUCGAGGGCGGAGCCGCUGAGAGAGACAGCAGGAUCAAGGUGAAUGACCAGAUCGUGGAGGUGGACGGGACGAGUCUGGUGGGUGUCACGCAGAGCUUCGCUGCCUCCGUCCUCCGGAACACAUCAGGAGUGGUCAGAUUUGUGAUUGGCCGAGAGCGUCCGGGCCAGCAGAGUGAGGUGGCCACGCUCAUCCAGCAGACCCUGGAACAGGAGAGGAGACAGAGAGAGCUGCUGGAGCAGCAGUACGCCCAGUACGAUGCUGAUGAUGACGAGCAGACAGGAGAGUACGCCACAGACGAGGAGGACGCCGGGACGACAGUGCCGGGCGGGGAGAAGAGCAUCGAGGUGUUUGACUUGCCGGAGUCGGAGGACAUCUUGUCUCCCUCGGAGUUAGACGCCACUAAACUCUACCAGAAGUUCAGAGAGCUCCAGAUCAAACACACAGUGACCGAGGCUGAGAUCCAGAAGCUCAAGAACAAGCUGGCGUCGGUGGAGAGGGAGAAGCAGCGCUGGGAGAAGGAGAAGAGCCAGCUGAAGGCCAGCAUCGAGGAGAACAAGGAGAGGAUGCUGAAGCUGGAGAGCUACUGGAUCGAGGCGCAGACGCUGUGCCACACUGUCAACGAGCACCUGAAGGAGGCCCAGGCUCAGUACGGGGCGCUGGAGAAGAAGUACAACAAAGCCAAGAAGCUCAUCAAGGACUUCCAGCAGAAAGAGGUGGAGUUCAUCCAGAAGGAGGAUGCGGAGAGGAGGCGGCUGGAGGAGGCUGAGAAAGCUCACCUGGCUGAGAUCCAGGGACUGCAAGUCAGGAUCGCAACGCUAGAGUCAGAGCUGAUGCAGCUGAUGAAGCAGAACGGCAUCCAGGUCAACAACAACAACAGCAACAGUGCUGAGAGGCUGAGCGCUCAGCAGUUCAGUCCUAAGAGAGCUGCAGCACCAGCCAGAGACUUGAGGGAGGCCUCUCCACAUUCACCCAGCAAAAAGAAGAGCUACAGGGGAGUCGCCCGAGACAGCAUCAGCUCCACCGAGGGAGAGGUGUCAGAGGGGCAUGGCAGUCCAGCACACAGUCGCUCCGGUUCGAUUCGCAGCGUGGCCUCUUGUGACGGAGGAGCGGCGGUCCUCAGAGCGCCCGGCAGCGCAGAGAGCUCCCCCAGACGAACGCUGCACCCAGCGUCCACCACAGGAGCGCUGCAGGACGGUUCUCAUUGUCCUGCAGCGUCGAGCCUGUCUCACGGUGUGGACGAACACAGACAAGCUGUGGACCCUGGAUCCUCCCUCAGGAAAUCUAAAGAUCCCAGAGCUUCACCUGGAAACAGCUCCACAGAGCCGUCAGCCGAGGACAGCCCAGAGAAACUCAAGGCCAAGAAUGCCCUCACAUGGCCCCACUUCUUCUCCUAUUCAUAUUACUUGGGACCCACUUUGAACGACGAUCUGAGUGCCAGCAGCAGCAGCAGCUCAGCGGAGAUCAGUGGGCUGCUGAACGAGGAGAAGACGUCGGGACGCUCGCAGACGCUGGCGCUCUCCUCUGACGAGAGCCUGGAUAUGAUAGACGACGAGAUCCUGGACGAGGCUCAGUUUUCAAAGCAGUAUCAGUGGCAGAGCUGCAGCAUCACAGAGUGGACCUCCCAGCAGGUGGCCCGCUGGCUCACGGGCCUCAACUUAGAACACCAUAUCCCAGAAUUCACUGCCCAAAACAUUGAUGGAGAACAGCUGCUACAGCUGGAGAGCUCUGAGCUCAAGGCUCUUGGAGUUUCCUCUUCCCAGGACCGCGCCCUGAUCAAGAAAAAGAUCAAAGACCUUAAAGUCCUGAUGGAGAAGGCCAAGAGGAACCGAGAGAAGGUGGAGAAACAGCGGGAGAAGCUACGGAAACGAGAGCUGGAGCAGCAGCAGAGAGAGGUGCGCAAAGAGUGCGCCACGGAAUGAAGUGGACUCGUGGAUCACCUCCUGCUUUACUGUAGCACCACACCAAGUAGCAUCUCGAGAGACGGGACGUCAAGAGGCCCCAAAAAGGAACCCUGAGGGACGCCUACUCAGUAGUUCACUAGUUCUCCGUGGUGGAGCUACACCCAGCUGUCGGACGUCGUGGAGUGACUCUUUCACCCAGCAAAUUAAACCAAAACAAGCAGUUGGAUGACAGGAUGCUGCCCCGCGCUUCAUUGUACGCCCACCCUGUGUUUUUAGCCAUUUUAAGAAUUUACUCAGUUCUAUUUAUUUUUGCUGUUUAUUGCUGUAAAUGGGGUUUUAUUUAUUCCUCUCUGAGUCAGUCUGUGACAGUGCACCUCAUCUCCAGAGCCGUCUGUGUCGACCCACCACAGCACCUUUAGACAUGACGACCGUGUACAUGUACAGCGAUCAAUACAGAUACUAAUAUGUCUGACGUGCCAUUUUGAUAGACUUGUGUAUAUCCUGUUCAGCUAGAUAGAUCAGUGGAGCCUCUGCCGUACAGGUGGAGCCUGUGUGGUGGAACAUGUGAGGCGGUGUUCACCUCCCACCACUGGGUGUCUCCACGCUGCUCGCUGUCUCUGCUGAGGACGGACGGCAGCACAGGAGCUGAGGAGGGAGAAACCAACGAACACUGUAAAUGUAACUUCUGUCCUGCCUGUCCAACGCUCCUUACAGUUAACAUGUACCACACUGAAACAGUUCACAGUAUGAAUGACGACACGGACAUGUUGUGCUCACUGGACCGGUUCUGAUGGAGACUUCAGGUACAAUAUAAUCACGAGAUUUGUAUCUUACCAAUCCCGUACCACACAAACAACAACAAAAGUUCCACUGAAGCGUCCUGCUUAUAUGCAUAAUGUUGCUUUGACUCCACCUGUAACCUGCUUUUGACCUCUUUUUAUAUUCUCUCUCAGUAACAGAGUAAUUCCCCGCCGCUGCCUUUAGAAAGUCUAGAGUAGUAGAAUCUCUCUGAACUCGACCCGCUUCUGUGUGAGUGUCCAAACACAUACAGCAGACUAAACAUCUCUAAACGUCUAUUAUCGUUUCUUUCAUCAAAAUGAAAGGUCACCAUGCAAAUUACUUUGGAGUAAUAUUUAGGAAUGCUGCCAUAUAGAAGGACGCGUGCAGUGGGUCCGGAAAUUGUCUUAAAAAUAAAUGGUACUACUGGUGUUACGCUGGAAAUUGCACCCGAUAGAUGCAAUAUAGUUUUGAUUUUCUUAUGAAACCGGGUUCAGUAAGACUUAACAUUUUUGAUUAACUUGUUAGAUUUAAAAGAAUUUACCUUUGAAAUUAUUUUGACAUGUGUAUUUUAUGCAACUCUUUGUUUUAGGAUGAUGACGCUCAGUGAGAGACGUGUUCCCUGUGUUACUUCUGUAUCAUUCCCGAGAAUCAUUCCGUAGGUUUACAUGAAAUCUAGAGACUCGAGUGUCGCCGUGAUGAAACUACUGAAGGCAGCUCUGGUGAUCUGAGCCCGUCUGUCUCUGCCUGCCUGGUGCACUGGUGACAACAGUAGUUACAGAUACCUCCAUGCAAGGCCACAUUAACACAGGCAUCACUGAUCUCUUAAUGUUAUUAUUUAUUUAUUUCUGUAUUUAAUGAAGCAACUGACUACUGUUUAUGAUAACUUAUACAGAAUAAGAGUAUUAUUAACACCUAAUAAUGAUUUAUCCAGAAUUGUAUGAUUACUUCCUAUUGCCAAAACAUAAUUAAAACUGUUGAUGAAAAGUGAUUGUGAAUGGAGGAUUUUCCCGUCGUGCUUGUGGUUUUCCUUUAAUACGACCGUAGUGCUGCUGCAGUAGUGCUGCUCCAAUAAACUGCUCAUCAUGUGUUCUUAUGACA